GAAGAACAAGAUCAGCAGCGGAGCAUCAAAACACCAUCCAGAGAAUCCAUCUGUGAUAAGAUAAUGCUGGAAGAAAAUCCCUGUGCAACUUAUAAACUGACCAGGAAAAACCGCAUGUCCAACAAUUGACAAUCACAAACAGUUUAAUUACUUAGCCAAAGCUCCCAAUUCUAGUUCAGGCUUCCAAAUCCAUAGCAGAAGCUAGAAUCAAGUUCAACACAUACAUGCAGGAACAUCAACAACACACCUAGAUUAUGUGAUCAUGGGCAACCCAGCAGUAAAUUAACUUUGUGAAAAGAACAGUCUACAGUCAAAACAAAAGCAUGCCCACUGGAAGUAACUAAUAACACCCCAAAAUUAAAGAGGAACUUUGGGUACUCAGACUUACGGGGAUCUUAUGGAGAGGAACUUGGGACUUGAAGUGGACAUAAUCUCCCGGCGCCGCUAAGACGCCUUUCAUUGCUUUACUAAUUCAAUUUUCCGCCCCGCUUCCUGCCCGAUUGGGGAUGAGAAAGCCUCACAUAGGGAAAAAGGUCAGAGCUUUAUAAUUUGCGAGAGGGAGGAAUCGAUCACUUGAUUGUUGGGGUCGCCGAGAAAAGCACAGCAAUGACCUUUGUUCCCUUCUGUUUUUCAGUUUUCUCGCGCAAACUCUCUCCGCUAUGACUAUGAUUGAUCGACGGACCAGUUGGCUUCACGGUCUCUCUCUCUUCCGCCCCUGAGCACGUGUCUGGGGUUUAACAGCCGGACCCAGACUACGGAUCUACGGCGACGUUUUGCACCUGCUAGUCGGCCAGCGAGGCAGCGACUCAGCGUUACUAAAAUGAGGCGCCAACAGCGCCUCUUGUGGCUGAUUCGAGUCGAGGACGAUGAAUGACGAAAUUAGGGUCUCGCUUAUUAUUCUUGAAAAUCUUCAUCUUUCCAGCAAAUUCCAAGCGAACUUCGACGAAGCCAGAACCUAAUUCGAGGUUCCAAAUACUACCGUUUCCAUCUGCGUCCCUUUCCAGCAUCGUAAGUUUACGCUCUCCACAACUGUAUAACCGCUCUUUCAUUAUAUAAGAAUCGACGGCACACUUUUAAGAAAACCGCUAUGUUCCCUAGUUUCCGCUGGCUCUCCCACUACUCCCUUCAAUGGGCACAGCUGAAAAACCACAACCCAUUUCUUGAUUCGUGUAGAUUCCGCUAUUUCAACACAAAGUCAACUACUUUACCACCCAAAACGCCCCACAAUACCCCCACAGUGGCAAUUUUCUGGGAUCUGGACAAUAAGCCCCCUAACUCGAUUCCUCCAUUUGAAGCAGCCAUGAAGCUCAAAAGGGCAGCAUCCUCAUUCGGGCUAGUUCAACACACGGUGGCUUACGCCAAUCGGCACGCCUUUAGUUAUGUGCCGCAAGCAGUGAGAGAGCAGAGGAAAGAUAGGAAGUUGCUGAACCAAUUAGAAAACAAGGGCGUCAUUAAGCCAGUAGAGCCCUAUGUCUGCAAGGUUUGCGGGAGAAAGUUCUACAACAACGAGAAGAUGGUCAAUCACUUCAAACAGAUCCACGAGAGGGAGCAUCAGAAGAGAGUGAACCAGAUCGAAUCGGCUCGAGGGAAGAGGAGGGUGAAUUUGGUUGGGAAGUAUGCUAUGAAGAUGCAGAAGUACAAGAAUGCUUCGAGGGACGUUUUGACUCCGAAAACUGGGUAUGGGUUGGCAGAUGAGCUAAAAAGAGCAGGGUUUUGGGUUGGGACUGUUUCGAACAAGCCACAGGCGGCUGAUGUGGCGUUGAAGGAGCAUAUGGUGGAUGUGAUGGACAAGAAGAAGGCUGAGUGUGUUGUUCUUGUCUCGGAUGAUUCAGAUUUCGUUGGUGUGGUUAAGGAGUCGAAGUCAAGGUGUUUCAAGACCGUCAUUGUUGGGAAUUUGGAGCAUGGGGCGUUGAAGAGGAUUGCUGAUGCAGGGUUUUCUUGGCAGGAGGUUUUGAUGGGGAAGGCUAAGAAGGAAGCCAUCUCAGUUGUGGAGAAAUGGAGCGACCGUGAGAUUUUGGAGAGGUUGGAGUGGAGGUUUGAUCCGGAGAAGGAGAGAGACGCUUAUGCUGCUGUGGAUGCAUUCUACAAUGGGACUGAAAGCGGUGGAGAAUUUGUUGAUGAUAGUGUCUUUGGUGGAGGUGAUGAAAUGGGUGGUGGUGUUGUGGAGAGGGAAGAUUCUGGUUCUUGGUGGGAGCUGGAUUCUGAUGAGGCUGUCUCUUAGCAGAAUACCAUGGCAAUUCUCAACGCUAGGAUUUUCCAUAUCCCAUUUGGUUUCGACUUUCUAUAGGGAUUCUGCCAACAUCAUUUGUGGUCAGCUGGACUAAUGGGAGAGAACAAAUGUAUGAGUGGACGAUUGUUUCCAUUCUGUUAACUUGCGGUUGGAUCCUUUGAUAGGGAGAUGCUUGAGAUUCGUUUAGAAUGAAGGAUUGAACUAGCAAAAGUUGAAUUUGAUUGAUUUUCCCCGAGAGAUUGAAAAUGGGGAGUGGAUGGUGUUGAUCUGCAAGCUUGGAAGCACACAGAAUGGUAAAUGCCAAAUAUGAGUUCCCCACUGCUUCCUAUGCAAACUACAAAGUUCUACACUCUUUAGGUUUCUUCUGCAGUUGGAUUAGCCUCAGGUUGUUCAGGUUUUGCUCGAACUGAUAUCCUCUGUGGGAAAUCACCUAUAGGCUAUAUCACCAUGGAAAAGGAAAAGUGAGUGAGUUAUUCGACAAAGGAAUAAGAAUCAGACUGAAUGUCAAAGGAGGGUGGCCAAUGGAAGAGAGGCAAACAGGGAAACCAAAUUGCAACUGAAGAUGCGCACUUCAACAACUGAGCACUGUAUGACUGAAAGGGAAAAGCGUAUUACCAAAGACUACGUGCCAAGUGCCAACCACUAUAGAAGAAGAACCAUCGUUUUUUUGUAACUUAUCAGUUAAUCCCCUGGAGCUUAGUCUAGUGGCCUAGUCUCUUGCUUUGUCUGCAUUAUUUAUGUCUUAAUCAGUAAUUAGCCUUCAACCCUUUUGCUUUCUUUAAAAAAGUGGAUGCUGCUUUCUUUCUUGAGGUGGACACUCGCUGCAGCUACGGUGUAUCCUAGAUUUCGAAUGGAUAUAGAAUGUUACAGUGACAUCCUUUGUUUUUUUCUAUGUUUGUCAAUCCAUUUUUGGAUGCGCUUUUCUCACGUCUAAUAAAUAUCCAAAGAUGAC